GCUGCGUUGCGCAGAUUCAUUCCCUCUCUUUCUCUCGUUUCCACCUGCGUGUUCUUCCCUUGUCCCUACACACUCUUCAUCUUAUGUGGACAAGCCUAUGAUCCGAAUCUCCAACCUGAUUAAAUGACUUACCGCUGAAAUCAAGAGAAAUCAAAUUGCCCCCGGAAAAUAAACCUUUGCGGCCAUCAUCUUGUCCUCCAUCGAACCACUAUACCAACUUCCAAUUGCCCAUCCCAUCGGCCACUAUACCCCACAUCUAUCUUAGCUGGUGCUGUUCCAAUUUCAAUCAUGGCGGCGCAGGCAGCCUUGAUAGCCGACACGAUUGUCGGCAUGAAACGGGCUCUCCGAAAAGAGAAUGACUAUUCGGGACCCGAUGACCCUAUCACGCAACCGACGAAUCGGGGCAAUAAAAUGCGAGCCAAUGCAAAAUAUGUGCGGGAAGGGGCUCUUGGUUACAUACAUCCGGAAGAGCUUUUUAAACAGAAAAUCGAACAUGCUGGCUACACUCGUUACAUUCUCCAACCCAAUCCUGUACGAUACGAUUCUGAAGGUGAUGAACUUGACGAGGAUGAUGAACAUUCAGAGGCCGAUGCGGCGGCUGCGGAGGAAAACCCGUUUUCUGAGAUUGCGCUGGAAAACUUCAUGUGCCCUUUAAAACACCCAUCAGAACUUCCCGUCCAUCCUUCGCUAUCCCACGCUUAUAAAUCCAAGGCCCUCUUCAACAUGGCACAAGCAAUAGAGGACAAACUUCGUCAGGAACGAGUGCUUUUAUGGCGUGCCAGAAACCUUCAUAGGCAAUUCCUCGGCGAUGAGCCGUGGAUGCCCUGUGGCGCCGUGGAAACCGAUCAAGACCGGCGGAUCUUUGAGCCUCGGUGGCCACAUAUCGGGUCCACCUCACCAAGAAGUCAGUAUGAACAAAACAGAGAAGCCUCCAAGUUGGUCACAGAAGGCCCGAAUGCAUCGGAAAACGGGAUCCAGGAGACGAAGUCGGUUGCCGACUCUGAACGCGAACCUCGGCCGGCCCAACAAGAGGGGCGGCUAGCUGCGGAGAAAGAUGUCAACAUGACCGAUGCCUCUAACGACAACACUGUACUCGCGAACCAUGACACUGUAGAACUGGAGAAAGCCCCCAAGUCCGAAGAAGUCGAUACCCCGGUGGCGGACCUUCUUUCGCACCGAGAAAUUGGAGAUUCGGCGCCACAAAACAGUGACACUAUGAUGGAGAAUCCACACUUUGCGCAGGAUAAGGUCCCAGAACCGGAUCAGACUGUCGGCGGAGACGCAAAGGAGGAGGCCAAUGGAGAACGUGGCGUGGAGAAUGCGGGCGCCGAGCACCCGAUCAGUGCGCAAGGGGACGAAAUGGACCUGGACGGUGAGGCGCAGGAUGGAUCUCCCUUGGAACCCCCACGGCGCAUGACGACUCGCGCACAAGCCAACGCCGUGAACCCGCAUCAAGAGAACGGGUCACCGUCACCUUCGUCCGACACACUGAACAGCCUUCCAACACCCCAUCCUCUCUUCCUCGUGCCGGACUCUAUCCGACCCGACCCCAACUUCGGCCUCCCUCCCAACGAAGCUGAAGAAACCCGUCGACUGCUCUGGUCCUACGUGCAGAAACAAGAAGAGACCGUGCGCGGAUUCGAACACAUGCUGAACUCCCUCCUCCGCGCCUCGCGCAUGAAGGAAGAUGUCUACGAGUGGUGCAAAGCCGAAGGCCACGUGGGCGAGAUGAGCGACGGAGAAGACUGGUACGACCGCGAGGCCCUGGGCCUCGGCGAAGACGAAGACCUCAAGAAGGGCGCAGACGAAGACGAGAUCGAGACGGUCGAGGAAAGCCGGGCGGCCAACAAAAGAGGCAGACGACGGGCAUGAUGUGGUGGACAAGACAUUAUUUCAACUCUCCCUCUCUCUCUUGCUUUUUUUUUUCUUUUUCUUUUUUCUGUUGCCCGCCCAUGUCUUUGUUCAUAUUUGAAGCCUAUUUAUUAGCUUUCUCACGUUUGGUCCACAGCGCAGCGCGGAGUUGGCGGUGUUUGGUUAUAUGUGCAGGCUUCUUGGAUGUAUGUAGUGGGAGUAUGUAUGUAUUUUAGCUCGGCAGG